AUUCUGAAUUCAUGAUUUUCCAUUUUCAUUCAUAAUCAAACUCACAAAUCAGUGAAAUCUGCAUUCUGCAUUCCUGCAUUCUCUAAAUUCGCAUUUCGCCGGCUAGUCGCCACUGAUAAAGAGUAAAGACGAAAAAGUAUUUGUUGAAUUUUUUUGUAAUUUACAAUGGUUUUUACAACGGCAAUCAUGAUGGUGAGAAGUAGAGGCCCAGAUGAGUUUUGGAGAAAAAGAAAAAUUUUCAAAAUUGCUGCUCACUUUUCCGGUCGUCGAAGAAAUUGCUAUUCUAUUGCAAUUAAGGCAGUUCACCGUGCUCUUCAAUUUGCUACAAUUGGACGGACUGUGCGUAAAACUGAUAUGAUUGAUUUAUGGAACACUCGCAUUAAAGCUGGGUGUGAAGAACAUGGGGUUGAAAUAAAUAAUUUCAAGGAUAGUUUAUCGAGAUGUGACAUACAAUUGAACAAGAAAGUUUUAGCUGAUUUAGCUAUUUGGGAACCUAACUCUUUUAAAGCACUGUCUGAUCUAGCAAAGUCUGUAGCAAUUGAUUAUAACUUACCAGGUACUGAAAAAUAUGACAAGCCAUCAAAUGUAAUCACAAGGGGUUUAUUGAAGAAAUAAUUUUGUUUUAUAUAUAUUUUUUUAAAUGAAUCAUAAAACCUUAAACAAUUUUGUAGAAAUAGAAAUAAAUGUUAUUUGUAAAAAACCAACCUAACCUUUUUUAAUUAAUUAUUAUCUAUAUUAAUAUAUCCCAUGUAAUAUCUGUUGUUCUGAAAACAAAUACAUUUUUUUUAGAAUAUAUGAUAAAAUACAAGACCCAAAAUUAUUUUGAAUCAUUAAAUUUAUCUACAGAACAAAUUAACAAAAAAAAGGCCUCAAAACAUUCAACUAGGUUGAGUAAUAAAUAAAUUCAAUGGUUUAAUUAAUAGGUCAUCAUCAUAUUAGUAUGUCACUAUAUAUUUUUACAUUAAAAUAUUAUUGUUGUUAUUAGAUAUUAUGUAAAUUGUUAGGUUCUCUUUAAAAACAAUAAGUCUGAAUAGUCUCAUAGGUUAACACAUGGAUAUUUGAUAUUUUAUAAUUAUUUAGAGUUAAUACUGUUGUAAAAUAGAAUAAUAACAUGUGAAUAACUAAUUUAACAAAAAGAAUUUACAAGUAUAAUCUAAAUGUAUAAGGUAAGAAUUAUAAUGUUUUGUAACUUAUUAUUUACAUUUACAAACAGUUUAAUAAUUAAUAUUAACUAAA